AUGGACAUCAAGUUUUGCAAGACCAACCUUCUCAUUGAGCACAAGGAGUUGGAUGGGAGGUUCCAAUUCAAGUUCACACAUCCAUUGGUUGGACCCUCCAAGCUUCUCCUGCCUAACCCAGAGCUCACCACAGUAGUAAGGGGUCCAGGAAGUGCGGAUUUGGGUGAGCCUGAGUGCUAUUACUUUGAGGAGUAUGAGGCUCCAAGGAUGAACCCCUCUGUUGUGGCUGCCCACAAGAGGAUUGGACUUCUCCAAAAGUUCAACAAAUGGCAAGGGAAAGCCAUUGAAAGAUGCAAAAGUCCAUGGACAAGAUGGUGA